AUUAGAAUUAAUUAUCAAAAUAAGACAUGGGAUUUUGAAUAUUAAGAUUUCGAUUUUGUCAUAAAUGCUUCUAUAAUAUCAUUUAAAGGUUGAAGCAAUUUAGCAUAAUUCCAUGGACUAAAAUACAUAUAUUCUCAAUUAAAAAGUCAAAAGUUCAAAUCCUCGAUCAUCAUCUCGAUAUAUUAUUGAACUUAAAAUAGAACUUGCACAAUCAAAUAUAAACGUUUAGAAACUAUGGAGCGUGGACUCACUAAAUGAAGUUAAUAAGUUUGGUGUUAAUAUGAUGGAGUAAGUAAAUUUGUAUUUGGGGUCUAGAGUUGUAAAAUGAAGUUUUUCGAUAGUUAUGAAAAGUGGAUUAAGAAGAGAAGAUGGAGUUACUCAAUUAUUGUGGAAAGUAGAAAUAAAAGAGAAAAUAGAGUUCUUCGAUAAAUGUAAAAAAUUAAAAAAAAAAAAAUGAAAAGAUAAAGUUAUUUGAUAAACGUGCAAACUUCAACGGUAACAACACCACCUGAAGAAGUUAGUGGGCAAACGAUCCCUAAAUGUGUACAACCACACUUAUAGCAUUCAUAAAUAUGACUUACUUAACAUGUACUAUGACUUAUACCAAUUUUUUUUUGAAAUCCCAACCAACAUAGUGUUGGGAUAUCUCUAUCCUCUUAGAUUCAAAUCCUCCCUUCCAUGUGAGUUCUCCCCAAAUGAUUUGCAAGAUUUUGCAAUUUCCUUCUAUAAAUUAGAUAAUAAGCCAACCUCCUAGUCUUGGUUUCUAUAAAUGAUCAAUUGCUAUAUGCCUAUUAAUGAGAUGUGAAACUAUUUUGGUACCAAAUUGGCAUCCUCUAGAUGCUACUAUUGGUCUUCAUUUGACCCACAGACCCACAUACAAUAUCAAACACAAAAUAAAGUUUUUGGGCAUCAGUACUACCCAGUACCCACACACAAUAAAUAUAUAUUUAUAUAUAUAUUUCUCUCUCUCUAUCCCUAGCUUUUCCCUUGGCCUGUUGGUUGUUUCUCUCUCUAGCUUUUUGCUAUUAGUAUUGGGGUUUCACGGGUUUUGAUUCUUCCCUUUUUUCUUCGCAGCAAUCUGUUGUCCAACAACUUCAACUCCUGGGGUCUUCCCCUUUUUAUAUUCUACUUUCCACUAUUUGCUCUGUCCUAAGCUGCCUCUUCACUCUCAGACUUAGUCAUGCCAGUCCCUUUUUCUCUCCUCUGUUUUCUCACUCUGCUCCUCAUUUUCCACACACCAUCAAAAUGUGAAGCAGCAGCAGCACCUAAACAAGCCCCUGCCCGCCGCCACCGCCUCCUCUCCGUCGACUACUACAACAAAACAUGCCCUCACCUCGACCAACUCGUCUCCUCGAUCACCACUCAACAAUUCAGAGAUGCACCAGUCUCUGCUCCAGCAACACUCCGCCUAUUCUUCCACGAUUGCUUUGUAGAAGGCUGUGAUGGGUCGAUUCUGAUAUCAACAAAGCCAGGCAGCAAGGUGGCGGCGGAAAAGGAUGCAGCGGACAACAAGGGGCUAAGACCGGAAGGGUUUGAAAGCAUCAAGAAAGCCAAGGCGUUGGUUGAAAGCAAGUGCCCCGGCGUUGUAUCUUGUGCUGACAUCCUCGCAAUUGCAGCCAGAGAUUUUGUUCAUUUGGCAGGAGGGCCGUAUUACCAGGUGAAGAAGGGGCGAUGGGACGGGAAGAUAUCAAUGGCGUCCAGAGUAGGUUCCAAUCUGCCGCGAGCAAAUUCCACCGUCGAUCAGCUUCUCAAACUCUUCAAUUCCAAAGGUCUAUCCGCCGAUGACCUGGUUGUCCUCUCUGGUGCGCAUACGAUCGGAUUUGCUCACUGCGAGCACUUCACGAACCGUCUCUACGACUACAGAGGCACGAAGCAACCGGAUCCGGCGAUCGACGGGAGGCUGCUGAAGGAGCUGAAAAUGUCGUGCCCUAGGUACGGGGGAAAUACGGAUAUAGUGGCGCCGUUCGAUGUAACGACGCCGUUUGUGUUCGAUCAUGCGUACUAUGGAAAUUUGGAAGGUAAAUUGGGACUAUUGGCUACGGAUCAAGCUCUGGUUUCGGAUGCGAGGAUGAAGACGAUGGUGCAGAGUUUGGCGAAGGAUAAGCAGAAGUUUUUUCAAGCUUUCGCGGCGGCGAUGGACAAAAUGGGAUCGAUUGGUGUGAAAAGGGGACGUAGACAUGGAGAGCGAAGAACGGAUUGUAGCAUUCAUCAGAGUUGAUGGAUGCCUUGAUCACCACAUAUUUGAAAAUAAACCUUUUUUUUUUUUUCCUUCUAAUUUCAUUUUCAGAAAUAUAUGAGAGAAAUUUUUCUAUAGAGCCAGGAGCGUUGGGUUUUGCAGCUCAUAUGGUAAUCUUCAUUAAAUAUUUUAAAAUAACAUUUUAGUACAAACAAAACAAAUAGGGGUAAGAAAUUUGC